AUGUUUUCGAAGAUGAAUAUUCUCCAUUAUAGCUUAUUAUUCCCCGUUGUUUUAAUAUUAUUCUCUUUUAAAAAUGACGUUUUCGACGCGGGGAGUCUGCUCUCUCGCAUCGCCCUUGAGAUUAUUCCAGAGGGCCUGAUAUCUCACGCAACCAAUUCCAAACUGUCAACGGCCGUCUCCCGUUUCGACACUCCGAGUUCGCCAUCAAUAACGCUAGACAACACCCUGGCCAACCUAUUUCGCGAACACGGCAUUUCGGACUCGAUUGUCCUGGAUAUAUACAAUGGUUACUCCCACGUCGAUAUCCACCCGCAACUUCUUCGUGAAACUGUCUACACCCAGGACGAGGAUGUCGGUCUCUCCAGCAACAUUACCGAUGAGAGGCUCGAACGAUUCCGAACCCUGGCCCUGACCUACAAGACGGUCAAGUUCCUGCUGGGAGUGGGCCCGCUUGACGUGUACCUGUACCGUCCAGCCAAUGCUCCAAAAAACAUCGACCGAAUUUUGUCGCCUCUACCAGCAAAUCAGCGACCACAGUUGCAUUAUAUUGACUUGGACAAGCAAGACCUGCAAACAGAGGUGCGGCGGAUUAACCAUGGGAAGAAGCUAUGGUACUAUCGACCAAAAUCAUACAUGCGACAGUUCGACACCCUGGUCAGCCCUGAUUUCGCAUACAAGAUUAACGACAAACGCUUCCUUCUCCACCCCGGCAUUCCAACCCCGGAUCUAAAAAUGUUCCCACUGCAGCAGGGCCAAGAUCUGAGGACCUCAGUCCUGAUGACAAGGCCGUUGCCGUUCGUCGUCAAACUGCGCCGCUGCAGCGGAAGUCGAGGAACGUGGAUUGUCACUAGAGAAGACCAGAGAGAGGAGAUGCUUACCGACAUGGAAGCAUAUCAAGCCCGUGGAGUCCCUGAAAUUCAGGUUUCCGAGUUCGUACAUUCCAGGCGACCUCAUUAUUCCGUGAACUUUUUCUUAGGAGCGGCUGGCCCGUCUAAUGGAAGCUCAAUCGUGACUUUCCUGGGUGCCACGGAACAGCUCUUCUCUCAGGCGGGACGCUGGGCGGGCUCGGUGAUCGAUUAUCGAGCACAGAAGCAGAUCGAGGAGCAGCUUAUGGGUACGAUCCAGGCGGUUGCUCGCACCCUAAUAGGCUCUUACGUCGGAUGGAUAGGAAUAGAUGUCAUUAUUGAUGAGGAUAGUAACCGGACGGUGGUUAUUGACCUCAAUGCACGGCUAACGGGCGGUUUCGUUAUAUGUUUACUUUCGAACCAUUUCCUGAAGGAACGAAGCCUACCUUUGGCUCAGGCCCAAACCUUUAACUAUGAGGGUAAACCGGCAGAUGUUUACACCCUUUUAGCGCCUUUCAUUAACAAAGGGCAAAUUGUCGUGGCUGCGGUUACAGAGUCCCUUCCAAACAACUCCACAGCGCAACUAAUAUUCGGCGGACGAGAUCGCGAGGAACUUUUUAGUAUGAAGGCUACCAUCCAGGAGAGAUUGAGUCGCUGUCUAGAUCGCCAUGGUAUGAGUGAUAAUUCAUCCGCUGUUCUAGUAUGA